ACACUGUCACACACACGCACAAGCACCAAGCAGAGGGAAAAGAGACGCGUCUCCCUCCAUUCAGUGUGCAAACACGCGGAAUUCAGGGAGAGAUGACGGGGGGCGGCUGGGGCGCAACCGGACUGCUUCUGUUCGCGGUUUGGGUCAAGGUUGGCGUGUGGGCUAACAACGGCGAUGCGGUGUUCAUCCGAGAGUUCGCCCUAAUUCGUCGAGACCAUUUCUCAGAAGAGCCUCUCCACGACACCAGCCAAAAACCCGAAGAUCCGAGCUCUCGGACGGCCCGUUCCGAAGAGGACCGAGACACUCUGUGGGACGCCUGGGGCUCGUGGAGCGAAUGUUCCCGUACCUGCGGAGGAGGAGCGUCGUAUUCCCUCCGACGAUGCCUCAGUUCCAAGACCUGCGAAGGGCAGAAUAUCAAAUAUCGCACAUGCAGUAAUGUGGAUUGUCCGGUGGACGCCGGAGACUUCCGGGCUCAGCAGUGCUCAGCCCACGCCGACGUGCGCUUCCAGGGCCAGUACCACGAGUGGCUGCCCGUGUACAACGACCCGAACAACCCGUGCGCACUCAAGUGCAAAGCCAAGGAAUCCGGGCUGCUGGUGGAGUUGGCGCCUAAGGUUCUAGACGGGACGCGUUGCUACACCGAGUCGUUAGACAUGUGCAUCAGUGGCGUGUGCCAGAUUGUCGGCUGCGAUUUAGAGUUGGGGAGCGCGGCCAAAGAGGACAACUGCGGCGUCUGCAAUGGCGACGGCUCCUCGUGCAGGCUGAUGCGAGGGCACUACAAAUCCCAGCAUGCCUCUGGAAAAACGGAGGACACGGUCGUCGUCAUCCCCUUCAAGAGUCGACAAGUACGUCUGAUCCUAAAAGGCCCGGAUCACUUGUAUGUGGAGAGUAAAACUCUGCAAGGGGUGAAAGGUCAACUUAUCUUGGAUAAAUCAGGCCAGUACCAACUGGAAAACACCACCUUGGACUACCAGAAACUCUCCGAUAAGGAAGUCCUCCGGAUUCCCGGGCCGCUCGGGGCUGAUUUCACCAUCCAAGUCCAGUUUGCAAGUGGACCAGACAGCGUCACCCAGUACAUAUUCUACCAGCCCAUCGUCCACCGCUGGAGGGAAACUGACUUCUUCCCUUGCUCUGUCACUUGUGGUGGCGGGUACCAGCUGACGUCCGCAGAGUGCUUCGACCUGCGUGGCGGGCGAGUGGUGGCGGACCAAUACUGCCAUUAUUACCCGGAGAACAGCAAGCCCAAACCCAAACUGCAGGAGUGCAACUUGGAGCCCUGCUUGGCCAGCGAUGGCUACAAGCAGAUCAUGCCGUAUGACCUCUACCACCCCCUGCCUCGAUGGGAGAGCGGCCCUUGGACGGCCUGCUCCGCUUCCUGCAACGGGGGCACCCAAAGUCGCUCGGUUUCCUGCGUGGAGGAAGACCUGCAGGGGAUCGUCAGCGCCACUGACGAGUGGAAGUGCCUUUACGCCCCUAAGAUGGCCGUCUUGCAACCCUGCAACACCUUUGAGUGUCCCACCUGGAUGGCCCAGGAGUGGUCACCUUGCACUGUGACAUGCGGUCAGGGUCUGCGCUACCGGGUGGUGCUCUGCAUGGAUCACCGAGGGCUCCACGCAGGAGGCUGCGACCCCACCACCAAGCCCCACAUUAAGGAGGAGUGCCUGGUCACUGUGCCUUGCUACAAAGCCAUCGAUACACUCCCGGUGGAGGCCAAACCGCUGUGGCAUAAGCAGGCCAUCGAGCUGCACGAGGAGACGCUUGUGACCGAGGAGCCAAACUUCAUCCCCGGCGCUUGGCAGCCUUGCAGCAGAACGUGCGGCACCGGGACUCAGCGGCGCACAGUCAAGUGCCGAGUCUUGCUCUCCUUCUCUCAGACCGUGGCCGACCUCCCCGACGAAGAAUGCAAAGGCAUCAAACCUGCGCUGAGUCAAGCCUGCCACCGGAUUCCCUGCCACAUGUCAGAAGGCAACGAUGAGCAGCAGGAGGAGGAGGAGGGCUCGGAGGAGGAGAACCUCGAGGGAGAGGAGCUUCACGAAUGGGAAUACGACGGCUUCACCGAGUGUUCCAAGAGUUGCGGAGGCGGUGUGCAGGAAGCCGUGGUCAUCUGCCUGAACAAGCAGACCAAGAUGGCGUCGGCAAACCAGAGUUUGUGCGUGAGCGCCCGCAGGCCCCCGCCGCUCCUCCUGGAUUGUCAAAUGCAGCCUUGCCCCCCCAGGUGGGAAGCAGGGGGGUGGAGCCAAUGCUCCGCUUCCUGUGGGGUCGGCCUGAUGUCCCGCACCGUAGCGUGCGCUCGCCGUCCGUCCGUGGGGAGCAACAGCACGGAGGUUCUGCCAAAUGAAAACUGCCACGAUCCAAAACCAAACCCCAUCCAGGCUUGCAACCGCUUCGACUGCCCCCCCGCGUGGGAGACGCAGGAAUGGGGGAAGUGCUCCAGUCGUUGCGGGAAUGGAGUCGAGAAGAGACGGGUGGUGUGCAAACAGCGCUUGGCAGACGGAAGCUUCCUGGAGUUGCCAGACUCCUUUUGUCCCGCCAAGGUGCCGGCCAGCCAGCGGCUUUGUAGCACAGAGCAGCGCUGCCCGCCCCAGUGGGUCACCAGCUGGUCCCAGUGUUCGGCGACUUGCGGAAAUGGGAUGCAAAGACUGGAGGCAGUGUGCAUGAAGCAAGGCGAGGACGGACAGUAUCACACGGUCGAUCCAAACAAUUGCUCCGCUCUUGGACGGCCCACCAGGAUCCGACCGUGCUCUCUUAGACUCUGCAAGAAUUCGCUGAAAACGGAGCCUACCAUCCUGGCUCGGAGGAAUGUUUAUGUUCAGUGGAGGAGGAGUAAAAGGGUCCAUUUGAUGGCUGGCGGCACCGCCUAUCUUCUCCCCUGGACAACUGUGGUCCUUCGCUGUCCAGCCCGCCAUAUCCGCAAAGCAAAUAUCCAAUGGUUGAAAGAAGGGAAGCCCCUGGCGACACCUCUGGGGUUAGUAAAGAUCCAGCAGGUCGGCCCGUCUGAUGCCGGGACGUACACCUGCGUGGCGGGCCGAGUUAAAGAACAUUUGGUCCUACGGGUCAUUGGGGCCACGCACAAGUUGCGUAGACCGGAAGCGACGCGGGCACAGGAGCCCUCAGUGUCGCCCGAUGGGUAUGACGACAUUGUUGAGCGCUUGCUCCAGCUCAAGGUUGAGAAGAACAAGACCACCUCGGAAGACAGGCGAGAUCUUCUCGAUAUCCCCGAUGUCAUCGUUCUCGAUAGUCGGAGGCUGGAUGAGCUCGGCAGCCUCGGAGGAAAGCAAGGCGAGCGAGCCGUCGCUCAGUUAGUCGACGAGCUGUCCGUUUCCCACCACGAGACCAAUGAGUCAACUCGUCAACAUCCAGAAAUGGAAUCAAACGCAAAAAGCCAGCCGAGCAGGUACAGAAGCCCGGUGAUCAUCCAGAGCCCCUGGAAAGUCAGAGCGGGAUCGUCUUCGGACGCGAGCGUCAAUGUCGGGCGGCCGAUUUUGCUGCGGAAACCGUAUGUCAGUUUGGAGAUCAGAUGUGAGACUCUCGGUUACCCGGAACCAUCCCUAACCUGGACCAAAAAUGGAAAACUGUUGCGUUCCGAUCGCAGAAUAGACUUGUUGCCCGGCGGCUCGCUGAGGAUCCGCUAUCCGAACCUGGGCGACGAGGGUCUGUACACCUGCACCGCCAGAAACCGGCUCGGGUCCUCCUCACGCUCGUCUUGGUUGCAGAUUACAGGAAGCGGAGGAAGAAACUGCGUCCAAGCUGAUGGCUCCUUUUGCCCUGAUAGGAGCAACAGCAGCAUCCAGUCAGCUGCCCACAGGUUGGCGGCUGCAAUGCACAUUUUUAGUCAUCCAUUUUCAAAUCUCACAAAACUCCCUUCAAGUCGUUGGCGCGCGGACCCUUGGGCGGCGUGCUCAGCCAGCUGCGGCGGCGGGUCCCAGACCAGACGAGUGCGCUGCGUGGACGGCCCCGAGGGCGGCUCGACGGAGGUGGAGCAGCGGCGCUGCUUCGGCGCGGGGCGGAAACCCUCCGACAGCAGGACGUGCAACGUUUUGCCCUGCGUCGCUUGGGCUACGAGCAACUGGGGAUUGUGCAGUGGUCAAUGCCUGGGUCCAAGUUUGGCUGCACAGCACCGCGAUGUUUUCUGCCUAGACACAAAUGGCACCAAAGUCCCUUCCAGGAUAUGCGGCGGACUCAGACGGCCGAGCUCCACGAGGAACUGCUCGGCGGACGCUUGCGCUCCGCGCUGGCGAGUCGGCCCGUGGGCGCAGUGCACGGCCACCUGCGGCCGACACGGCUUCCAGUCGCGCCGGGUGGCGUGCACGAGGCGACCCGGCGGGAGCUGCUCGCGGAGGCCUCGUCCCGCCAGCUGGCAGCGCUGCAAUACGGUGUCCUGCGGCAGAGCCGCCGGAGAGUGCCGCGACAGCACCCGGUACUGCGAGAAGGUGCGGCAGUUGGAGUUGUGCACACUUCCACAGUUUAAAAGUCGCUGCUGUCACUCGUGUCUCAACACCUGAUGGGCGGGGCACGUCGGAUGCCAUCAAAGACCUGCCGCUGCAGGCAUUGAUGAACGGAGGGACAUGUCGUACGAUGGAUGUUUUCAGAUGUGACGUGAUGUGAGAACCACUGGAAAGGAUUUGAAACACAAUUUCCAAAGCAUUUUGGGUAUGCCAAAAAAAAACCUCCAAUCUGAUAUUUGAAUUGACAAAUUGAAUUGGAUGGGAGUUUGAACUGAAUGUUGCACUCAUGACUGAAGCAAACACACAAUGGGAGGAAACAGGAAAAAGAAAUAUUUUGCACUCGAAACUCAACAAAAGUCUUUGUUAAAAACAUGACUUGUUGAUGUUUUUUACGUUACAUUUAUAUAUUUUGCUUUGUAUUUUUUAAAAGGUAUUUAUCUACAGUAUAUGUCUAGUUUAACCACUUUUUUUAUGCUUUUGCACAUUUAGUCGUGACAUGCCCACAUGUUGUCGCCAACUUUUAAUUCUUCCUUUUGGCUCCCAGGUGACAAGAAAGCACAAUGCUGGAAAAACAGCAAUUUUGAAGCAUCAGUAAUGUUUCUUUUUGAAUUCUUGUUUUUUCGUUCCAACAUACAUUUUUGAUUGAUUAUUUAUUCACCGGAUUGGCACUUUUGGAUUUGAGUGCAACAUGUUGGUAUUUUGUUGAGAUGCAAUUGUUUGAUUUUAUGAGAAGAAACCGUCAUCAACAUAUCAAGUAUAUGCUUCAGUUGUGUAGAUAUGUAUUUUGUCUUAUUUAUUUCCAUACGUGUCUGUGUGUACAGUUUUGUAAAUAAAUAAAAUGGUUGGAAUUGA